CUCCCCCAAGAAACACAGUCACCAACUUACCGGAACAUAAACCGCUGCGUAACUAUGAGCCUCAUCUCCAAGGUCGCGGGUCUGUACCAGAAGUCCAUCAGCAAGUCGCUGGGCAUGUACGGCCUUAAGUAUGACGACGCACUCGUGGACACGGCCGCUGUGCAGACGGCGCUGCACUGGGUCAAGGGUGAGGACUACCAGGCUCGUACCAAGCGUAUCGCUCGUGCCACCGACUGCUCGCUAAAGCGCAGCUACCUGCCCGAAGAAAUCCAGGCUAUUCAGCGCCCGCUCGACUUCUACGUGUUGGAAAAAGCCGUGGAGGCCGACAAGCUUGCCCAGGAGCGUGCCGAUCUUACUCGGUGGUAAACAGUUGAUAGCUCUGCGAGACUUCAGGAACCGAGAACAGUGGCAGCUACUGAAGCCGUUAGCGUCCACACACAGAAGCUGGACGGUGAACACACAGGGAUGCUAUCGAUCUCUAAAAAGUCGAAGAAUGAUCAAAGGAGACUGAGAGAAACAAAUUUCUCGCGGUUGAUACCCUUUGUUCUACUUGCAGAUCACGUGAACAAAGAAUGAAAACAAAAGAAAAAUGAGAAGAACCGAAGCUUUAAUAAAGAUCUGUGCUCUUUGGUGGGGUUCAUGCUA